AUGGGGAAGACGAAUGUAUUAUCGAAGAUUAAAGCUUUCAAUGGCGUCAAUAGACUUAUCUACGUGCUGGCUGGUUUGGCUUUUCUCAUCUCAGUUGUUACAUUAGCUAAGUUUAAUUACAUCACACCACUAAGCUUCUCUGAUCAGUUAUCUAACUCUCACGGAAGCUUUCAAGGCGACAGCUAUAACAUCGGAAUCCAAAUGAGAAAGACGAUCGAAACCGCUAUGUUAAAAAUCCACCAAGAAAUGGAUGAUCUCAAGGCUCUAGAAGCUUCUUCUUGUCCAGCUCCAUCACCAGAUUCCGGAUCCAUGUUCAGGCACGUAGCGUUUCUUGCGGAUGUUCUUUCGCUGAUUCAGUCAGUCCACAUGGAGUUACCUUCGUUCGAAUCGGAUCAUCCGUUGAAGCGGCAAAACGGUGAGCAUUUCAUGAGAGAAGAGAUAAACAAGUACAUCAAGAUCAAACCGAACCGGCUUGGGAAACAGAACUUCAUGGGAGCUAACGGGACUUUCACUUCAAUCGGACACGCUUGUUUCACGAUGAAGACAGAUCUAGAAGAGUAUAUGGACUACGACGUUGGAGAAAUCUGCAACGACGACUGGAGAUUAGCUCAGAAGCUUAUGGUUCACGGAUGCGAUCCGUUGCCUAGAAGACGCUGCUUCUCUCGAGCGCCGCAGUUAUAUCACAAACCGUAUCCGAUCAACGAGUCUCUAUGGAAGCUUCCGGAUAACCGGAACGUGAGGUGGGGACAGUAUAAGUGCAAGAACUUUACUUGCCUCGCAAGCAACACAACAGCAAGAAAAGGGUUUUUCAAAUGCACUGAUUGCUUCAACCUCACGCACCACGAAUUACAGAGAUGGGUUAACCGAGGCGAAAUCGAUCCGGAGACAAACCAAACCGUGGAUUUCUCGGUGCAUGAAGUGCUUGAAAUCAAACCGGGAGAGAUUAGAAUCGGAUUGGACUUCAGCAUUGGCACGGGAACCUUCGCAGCGAGGAUGAGAGAACGUAACGUCACCAUUGUAACAGCAACGAUCAACCUCGGGGCUCCGUUCAACGAGAUGAUCGCUCUGCGCGGUUUAGUCCCAUUGUACUUAACCGUGAACCAACGGUUACCGUUUUUUGAUAGCACGUUGGAUAUGAUUCACACGACGAGGUUUCUUGAUGGAUGGAUUGAUCUGAUACUUCUUGAUUUCGUGUUGUUUGAUUGGGACAGGGUUUUGAGACCUGGUGGAUUGUUGUGGAUCGAUGGUUUCUUUUGUCUGAAAGAGGAUUUGAGUGAUUACAUUGAAGCGUUUAAAGCGUUGAGGUAUAGGAGACAUAAGUGGGUCGUGGUGCCAAAGAAAGAUAAAGAUAACAAGGAAGUUUUCUUCUCUGCUGUGUUAGAGAAACCUCCAAGACCCUUAAGAUGA